CACACCGGCAGCCAGUUUCAGUUUAGCUUCGAGUCUGCGCGGUUGAAGUUGUGUGUCCGUUGGCACGGCUCGUUUUCGAGGUGUACUCCCCCCCGUUGCAUGCCGAGCAACAACAGCUGAGCGAUGAGCCCGAGCCGGAGCCUGAGCCCGCGGCAGGGCCUCUUCUGGCUGUGGCUGUUGACACUGGCGCUCCUGGUGCUGGCGGCCAGCGGCAGUCGCGAGUCCCAGCUGCGCAUUGGCAAAGCCAUCAACUUGUUUAUACGUUACGGCUAUCUGGGCAUAUCGAUGCGCGUGGUACCCUUCGACGAUAAAGCCGAUAGCGAGCGCUGGAUAUUCAAGGAGCCAACGCGAAAUAUAUAUAAGAACAUGAGUCAACUGUCGGAGAGCCACGAGGACACCACGCCCGGCAUUUUCCAUGGCGAUUUCCAUAUGGAGUUCUGCGAGAAUCGCCGCCAACUGUUUCAGGCGUAUUUCCGUGACUUUACCAUCGAGCGUUUGGACAAGCCGUGGGAGGCUUUCACGGGUGGCUGGUUCGCGGAUAAUGCGGCCAAGAAGCUGGGCAUCAACACCUCCUUCAUACAGGGCGACUACUCCUAUGUGCUGGUGCGCGUGGUGCGCUUCCGUGAGACGGGCAAACUUAAUGCCGAGAUCCCAAUCGAUCAGCCGCUGGAGGCGGAAGUGCGAGCACGCAUCCAGCAGCUGGAGGUUGGCAAUAUAACGUCGGCGAUGCGAUUUAUGGAAUCAUUUGGCACGCACUAUGUGAACUCCUAUACGACUGGCAAUUCCCUGUUCCAGGUGUUCGUGUAUAGUCGCAAGAACUACAAAAUGAUCAAGGAGCGCAUCAAGAGCAAGGGCCUCAACGGCCUCUCUAAGCUCGAUCUGUACAACUAUUUUGCGCCGUGGUUCGCCGAGCAUCUGGGCCAAAUACGCUCGGCCAGCGCCAAUGCCACCGUGGAGCGCUGGGCCCGUCGCAAGCUGCAAUACGAGUACUACGUGGUCAAGUAUGUGACCCUGCUCAAGUUGCAUGGGAACAGCACGCUGCUCAGGUCGCUGGACAGUCUGUUGGGCAACGAUGCGAUCUUGCAGCUGGACCUAAAGGCACUUAAUGUUGCGUUCAGGGAUCAUCCGCAGAAGGAGAGCUGGUUCCACGAAGUCCUUGACAACAACUUGAAACUGUGGGAGCUCAACAUGCCACUCAAUCAUCCGAGUCGAUGAUAGCCCGGACAGGGCAUUGGACCCGACCAACAAUAGGUUACUUUCAAGUUCCUAAAUGCAAGUUGUGCAAACUGGCGCGCUUCGAGCUGCUAUCGUCAUGUAUCCAUAGGCAUCAUAUAUCUGUAUAUAUCUAUAUAUAUCGAUAUAUAUAUAUAUGGUACAUAUGGUAGUUGAGUAGUUGUAGUUAAGUUCUCUAGUGCGUAAUUACUGUUCUGCCUGUGAUAGCUUUUAGAUAGUUUAAUUAAACUUAUGUAACUAUGUAUUUUGCAUGUGAACUUUAGCAUAGUUCCGAAUAUUAAAUACUUGCAUUCAUGCAUUUGUAAUAUGAAA